CAAAUCCAAAGCUAACGACAUCAGCCCGCUUUUGGGUCUGCGGUUCUUUGGCGAUAGGAACUUUUGGUCAAGUCAAAAAGUAGUCAAAGUACAUCAAUAUCAAUACUUAGGUUGAACUUGAGUGCAGAAUGACCGCCAAAGUGGUUGAUUGAAGCUCGAUCGCGCAAGAUUAUGUCGACGUAGCGUUUUCGCCAGGAACACGGCCGGCACCUGGCUUCACUGCCGCCUUGCUGUAGUUCAAGAAGUAAGUAGCCGGUUCGUGAUGUAAAUCAGGUACAACACGGGGGCAGAUUCAUCACCAUGUUGUUGCGCGGUUGUAAGACCGCCCCUCAGUUCGCCUCAUGGCCGGUUCCGUACGGCCCGCGCGACUGUCGUACGAGCCAACGGAUUAGUAUAUCAUGUGGAAAAAUUGUACAAUUUGUCAACUAUCUCAUGCUUUCGCGACGCGACGGACACAGAUCACGUCUCCUCAAGUACUAGCACGUUUCUCUAGUGAACGGAAAAGAGCCGUCGGCUGGCUUUGUCUUUGUUCCGAAGUCUAUCAUCAAAGGAGCAUCUCCAUUACGGGGACUCAUUUACAUUUGCCGCCCGCAUGUAAGAAAAUUUAAUCGAAGCGCUUGCCGAGGAGAAAAAGAAAUACUGCGGCACUUCGUUGUCUGCCAGGUGCAUUUGUUUCUCCCCUCGCGUCACGCCAUCUGCGAUGUGGGCAAAAAAUGGGGCUAACUUUAUUGUCGCGGUCUGUGUACUAGCAUGACAGCUGUGGCAGGUUCGUGCGGUUUUUCCGUCCGAUGGGAGAGGGUUGGGGCUCUGUCAUUUGGGUGCGCCGGCGGAGUUGUGCGACCCACGUGGUCCUGGUCGGAGAAUCUCGCGUACAACGCCCGCGUGGCCGGGAUACGCCAUUUCCGCAUAAUGCCUGGGUUGUUACCAAUGGCUGGCGUAUCUGCUCUACGUCGGAAGAGCGAGGCUUGGACGUCGGAGAGGACGCGCAACAACGACUUUGUCGUGAAGCGACGGUUCUGCAGUGCGAGUUCCACCACGGUGGGUCCGGGAGCAAGUACUGUUAGUUCGGCUAGUUCGGCAAGCGGCGGGAUGGCAACGGAUCUCUCACGCUUUACCAAAUAGAAAAAUCCACCCGCCCCUGCAUGCCGUUGACACAGCGUGAUUUGUGUAUCCACGGGAAGAAGUUUUUCAGUUUGCAGGGACAGGGAAAGGGUCGAUAGAGAUCAUUGUUCUGACCUUUCUUGCAUGUCUACCAAGUACGACAACCAGAGGCACCGGACGUCUCUAUUUUUUUCAGGAGAAAACGAUAGCCGGCUAUGACAAAGUUAACGUUGUUGAAGCGUGAGCAAUAAAUUCGCUUUGAAAACAAGAACGGAGCGAGGCGGGUUCUGACGCUUUGAUACUCCUGCGCAACGUUGCCAUUAUUGCGCACGUAGACCACGGCAAGACCACUUUGGUGGAUGAGAUCUUGUCUCAAUCCGGGAUGGCAUAUGGAUGUGGACAACUCGUCCCCGUUACCUUCAUUUGUCAAACACCUAAAAAAGGGAAAAAAGCGGCAGACGCAACUGCAAGCACAAUGGAGGUUAUUUGGCGUAGUCAAUCCAUACCGCCCAUACCUGUUCGGCGUGGUGAACUUGUCAUGUAGAAACGGCCAAGUACUAUCUAGCGGCAAAAAUAGGAUUUGGCUCUUUGCACGAAAAACGAGGGGGGGUUGUCCGCAAUCAUACGAGCGGCGACUGGCGGCGGGGGGCCAGGCACCUAGACAGCAAUGCGCUGGAACAGGAGCGGGGGAUUACCAUCUUGAGCAAGGUCACCCGCAUCAACGCCCCAAAUCGUGGCGGGUACACCUUCAACAUCGUGGACACGCCCGGACACGCGGACUUCGGCGGCGAGGUGGAGUAUCUUGAGUGAAAGCGUCCCAACCGUAGAUUUGAUAUGCAAAUCUGCAUGCCUGAAAUCAAAUGUGAUGCGCGGGCGCGCCAUGAGGAGCAAUUUCUUAUCGCAUCUGAGAGUAGUUUGUCAUGCUAGAGUCAGGAGUUGAUGGCCGAUUUUUUAGGAUGUUGCUGCUGCAUUAGCUAAAGAGGAUUACGCCGCGAGCCCAAACCUCCUGGUGUGCGCAACAGCUAAAACUUCUUGGUUUAUUGUGGAGCAAAAUCCCCAUAUGAUUGACACUGGGAGGGUGACGUUUUUCCACAGCAUACGGAGCGGGUGUUAUCCAUGGUCGAGGGAGUGGUGCUUCUCGUCGACGCGGCUGAGGGUCCGAAGACGCAAACGCGGUUUGUGCUGCAAAAGGCGCUGCAGAUGCGGCAGAGCGUUAGCGGCGCGGCGGGGGGGCCGGACGCAGCAGAGAAGACGCGCGUGAUCAAGCCGCUCGUGGUGAUUAACAAGGUGGACAAGCCCACGCGGCGGGCGUACGGGGAGGUCGAAAACGACAUCUUCGACCUGUUUGUCAGCCUAGACGCCACGGAGGAGCAGCUGGACUAUCCCACCCUGUACGCCAGCGGGAAGGAAGGAUGGUGCGUUGCCUCCUACGACGAAGCAAUGCAGAUCGUGGACGCUGGCGCAGGCCGUUCCGGCGCGGGGGCGGUCCCGUCCGAAAAGCGGAACCUAGAUGCGCUGUUUGCUGCGAUCGAGCAGCACGUGCCGCAGCCGCCGCAUCCGUCGGUUCAUCCCGGUCCUCACACGGCAGUCGAUAGUACUGGGUCCAGCACAGCGGGGGGCAAUAGUACUAGUAGCGCCAGCAAGCCGCCCCCGUUUGCGAUGCUGGUCUCGCAGUUGGAUCAGCUGCCGCAGCUGGGAAUGACCGUGACGGGGAAGAUCAGUUCUGGCACCGUGCAGAAGGGCGACAAAAUGGACGCGAAAAACGGUCGCAACGAGCUGGUUGGCCAGGGCGGAAAAGUGAAGGAGAUCACGGUGGUGCGGGGCACGAAGAGGGAGAAGCUGGACCGCGCGAGCCAGGGUGACAUUGUGUCCCUCUCCUUUGCGGGCGGCUCUUCGUUCGCGCCCGCCAGCGGGAGUGCUACAACUACUUCGGAGGCCGGGGGGGCGGGAGACAGCACCGCCGCUGGUGCUGGUGGGCCGUCUUCCUCGGGCGCCUUUCAGCCCCGCUGGACGCAGACCGUCUUCCACUCGGGGAGAUCGAAAGAGGUGGAACCCAUCCCCUGCACGGAGAGUAUGGGGCUCUCAAACGUUACACUCUCAACUGUUACAUGGAUUUGUCACGCAAAAUGAGCAUCAACGUCCACACAGUGAAGCUGCCUCACAUGACAAAUUUUGGAAGGGCUAAACAGCAUGGGAAUCUGUGCCGAAUUUGUAAUGCAAGAGUUGCAAGAAGAUCCGGCCUUUCCCUGUUGCCAUUCUUGCAUCACAAAUUCAUGAAACAGUUGAGAAUGUAACAGUUGAGAACGCCAUAGAGAUCGAUCCGCCGGUGAUCUGUGUGAAAGUGACAGUGAACGACGCCCCCGGCGUAUGCAAGAAAAAAACUGUGUAAGUGUAAAUCUGUGAUGCAGAACAUGCAACAGAGUUACAGCUGUCAUGCCAGACAGCGAUGCAGUUCUCUUUUCAUGUGUGUUUUCCCUUACAAACCACGCAUGACAGGUUUUCUCUGUCAUGUAGAGCAAAUUUGUGAUGCUGUCAGCCAAAGAAAGUUACACUAACACAGUUUUUUUCUUGGAUACGGCGCGGGCAAGGCGAAGUUCAUCGCGUUGUACGACAUCUACGCGCGCCUGCGGAAGGAGGCGCUCGUGAACGUAGCCAUCGGCGUUGAGGAAAAUGCGGACAAAUCGGCGCUAAGGCUGAGCGGACGCGGGGAACUGCAGCUGGGGAUUUUGAUCGAGAACAUGCGCCGGGAGGGCUACGAAAUGACGCUGUCACCGCCUCGCGUCGUGACCACUAUAGAUCCCAGCGACGGCGUCACGGAGUUGGAGCCCUGGGAAAGCGUGCAGGUGGACGUUCCCACGGACCUUUCGGCCACCGUCAUCGAACGUAUCACACCAAAAAGUGUUAACGUUAACGGAAUUUGGCAUGCAGGAAUGCGCGAUAAAUGAUGCCCAAACGUGUAUUGCAUAACAUGCAUGAUAGCGAAAAUUUGUCAUGCAUGACUGCAAUGCCCCAAAACCGUUAACGUUAGCACUUUUUUGCUUGAUAGAACGGCUUUCCAGUCGCGGAGGCGAGCUGAAGGAAAUGGUAUCAAAUGUAAAAAUGUCUGGGUCUGGAAACUUGUGAUGCUGGGUGGCGUCUCAUGAUGAGGCCACAAAUGCUGGCUUAGCAUGACAAGUUUCUGAGCUUCUAGGUGUUGCCUAUUCUGCAUGACAAACUGCACACAGAGAGGGCAGGAAAGGAGAGUGGCGCUGCAAGCAGUCAAAGUAAAAGUAGCCGGGCAAAUGUAGAAAGAAAGCAAGAAGAAAAAGGGGAAGAAAGAAGGGAAGGAGAGACACUUUCUGAAACUAUACUGCGACUAAUCGAGAAAGAGAAGAAGAAAGCAGAGGAAGCCGGUGACGAGAUGGCGCAGGGGGCAUUCAGAAUAAUCCAAAAAGCGACGAAACUGUUGCAGGAGGUAGAGGAGGCGAAUAAAGGAGACGAUGGAAGAAAGUCAAACGAAAAAGAAAGGGGACGGGAGGAAGGAGACCAAGAAGAAGCGAUCAGCGAAGACGGAGAAGAGGAAGAAAAAGAAAGCUUCUACGGGGCGCAAGAAUAUGAAGGCACUCGGAGAGGAUACGUGCUCAAAAGAGGGGCGACGGGACAGGGAUACUACAUAGAUCAGGGUCCAGAAGAGGCAGCGCGAGCAUUUUUUCGGAAUCUGGUGGCGUGGGGGGAGGAUGAGAAAAGGGACGCGAUUAAUAAGGAGCGGGCGGAGGAAGGUCGAGAUGAAAAAGAGGCGGACCAAGAGCAGCAAAAACGGAGAAAGGUGGAGAAACAAGACAAGAAAGCGAACCAAAACGGUGGAAACGAAGACGAAAAAAAGAAGCAAACGACGGAGGCCUCUAACUUCCCCACAGUCGAGAAAUUAAUGGAAGAUGACCCCAUGACAUUGAUGCAGAAAGAGAAAGAACAGCGGGAGAAGAGGAGGAGGAGGAGAAGAGGAGGAGGAGGCAGAUGCAGUACGAAACUCCUAUGCAGCGAGAACUAGCCCAAAUGUAUAGAGUCCUAGAAAAAGAAAACAGCGACGGAAAAUGAAUGAAGAAAGAGAAAAUAGUGACUGCAGCGCGUUUCUUCUUUUUUGGAUGAGAUUGAUGAAUGGAUAGCAAAGUAGAGGCAAGAAGAGGCCUCAUACGUGAAUGAAACAAACGAGCAAAGAAGACACAGACCGGGGCUCAAGGCGAAAAGGGCAAAUGCGGGGCGUUCUGGCGGGUGCAGAGGGAAGAGCGUAGACACAAAACGCAACAGAAAAGAGCGAUAAAAAUGAGGUGACUGCGUAUGGACCUUGUCUCGACACGUUCCCGCCAGCCCGGAGGGGUGCGGCGAUGCUAAUCAUUUCGUUCCCGCCAGCCGUAAAGGCACGGCGCUGCUUUUCCUCUCCUUGCGCCGGCGGACCGCAUGCACUGACGCGCUAGGAAACGAAAAGAAAAAGAAAGAGAAGAAAGAGAAACUAUAUAAAAGAAGUGGUGCCAGGGUUGCUAAUUUAAAAGACUGCGCUAAUGCAGCACCCCCCUUCCCCAAGGGGUCCCCCCGGGGCGGGCGCGAUGGCGGCUCUGCGAAUGCGGAGCUCCGCGGGCCGUUUCUAUGGAAACGCAUAUAAAAGGGUGCGGGAAGAAGAUCGGCAAAACGUGUCUGAAAGGGACACGCCGUUGGGUCGCCCGCCAUCGUGAUAGGAUCACCGUGUCUGAUCAUUAGACCCCCUGUAUACUUUUUAGCGCGCAACCGGCCACGCACGUAGUUCUUCGAGCAAGUUUGUAAGACUAACCCAUCAAGGCAAUACUGGAACUCCACCUUGCUCGCGGGCUUGGAUGGUAAGGCAGGUCAGCCACACAUAGCGCCCACUGGCUGUAGCCAUGCGUAAGCAAUCGAUAGCGGUUUUGCAGGUGCAGCCGGGUGGUAGUUAGGAUGUGGAACGCGUCUCCACCUAGGGGUAUCGGCAGAGGCUAAAUCUGUUCUAACGCCCAGGUAUUGGCAGAGGCUAAAUCUGUCUAACGCCCACCCGCCAGGAGUUAAAUGGUGCUACUACUACUACUACUGCAUCACAGAAAAAUAGGGCUCUUGGAUAACGUGCAUUACAGAUUUAAGACUCAUGCCAGAAAAGCAUGACAAAUCUCGCAAUCUUCCAGACCCAGACAUUCUUGCAUUUGAUAAAUGGACGCGAACAGCAAGAACCGGACCACGCUUCGGUUCGAGAUCGCGUCGCGCAAUUUUUUCGGUUUGCGCGCCUGGGUCACCGAGGCCACGGGGGGACAGGCCGCCGUCGCCUGCGAGAUGAUUCCGCCCCGCCCGCUCCCGCCCGCGGCCGAGUUGGAGGCCGAAAGCUCGCGGCCGCCCGUCUUCGUGUCCGCCAACUCGGGGGUGGUGUACCUCGGGGACCACCGCAAGGCAAGCAUGAAGGGCAAGCUGUUUGUGAACGCCGGGGACCACGUGUAUGAGGGACAGAUCGUGGGUAUCCUGAUUAAAAACGUCCCCACACCAGAGUCAAGAUGGGAAAUCUGCUAGACAAAUCAACCAGCUUUGGGUGUUUGGCAUGACAAGUUUGGCCCCGUAUUGUAAUCCUGUUUCGCUAGCUCCAGCAGCAUCACUGGCCUAGCACAUCAUGCUGGUUCUAGCAUCACAAAUUCCAAAACACGACCAGAAAAUGCUUCUCAUGGGGCUCCGCAUCAGAAACUUUUUUGGCAUGCAGAUUUGCAUGACAACUCUGGGGUGGGGACGUUUUUACUCAGAAUAGUGGGCGAGAUCUCCUCCAACACGGGGUCGCAGGCCCUACACGUGGACGCCGAAAUCAACCUGUGCCACAAACACGACGGCUACGCCAGCUGCCACGGGGCGUCCGGAAUCGGAACGCAACUGUCCCUGGAGGAGAUGUUGGUGUAUCUACAGGAGGACGAGUGCUUGGAGGUGAGGCCCGACCGGCUGGCAAUGCGGAAGUUGUUGCUCAGCGCCGUGCAGCGCAAAACCAGACUAAAGCAGAAGCUGAAGCAGGCACAGAACUAGGGACAGCGCAAGGAAGCUGCUCGUCCGCCCGGAGAAGAGGCAAUCAUGCGUUUUUGGUUCCAUUUUUAGCCCGCGAUGAGUGUCGUUUCUAUAAACGAUUGACAGUAGUUCCUUGAAUGGCGUCAGCUUCCCAUGCCUGAAUACUCAUUACUGGUGACCAGAAAUCAAAGAAGGCAAGAGUCAAAAUAGCAAAAGUGACAAUAGUGCCCAGUGGCGGGAAGAAGUUUUACUAUACUGCGAAGCGACUCUACCGACCGUGGAUACUUCCUCAUAUAGCGAGUACUUCUUUGUUCUUCUGUUGAAUUUGGUGACGCACUUUUUCUUCUGCUCUGCAGAACAGUCGAGAACCUGUCGC